AUGGAGAGCACCGCCUCGGUGCUAGACCGCGCCUCCUCCGCCGCGGCCCGGGCUGCGGCGGAGGCGGGCCACCUCUCCUCCAUCCAUCUCGUCUGGGUGGCGGGGCUGGUGGUCCGCGCCCUCGAGCGGUGCGCAUUUCUUGAUCGCGCCAGGGAGCUUCAAGAAGCUAUCGAUGUUCUUGCUGGCGCGGACCUGCAGACCAUGGCGAACGCCGCGGGCAUGGUGAGCAGCGCCGCCGCCAGGGCGGCUUUAGAGGCGGAGAUUCAGGAAGAGGGCCUUGCAGAUACCUGUCGGAAUUUGGAGGUGGCGGCGCGUGAGCUAAGCUUGGCGGUGGCGGUGGCGGCGGCGGCCGAUUCAAAGGCCAGAGAAGAGAGUACUUGCCAAUGGGCAUACUGGAUCAAGAAGGACAGGAGGAACGCAGAUGAGCUCGACGACGGCGUCCUAAGGCAAGCGCUUCUUCAGCAUAAGGCCUGGCCGUCGUCCAAGAAGGCCUCCACUGUACUUGCUGGAGCGCCCGAACCAGAGGAGAACCUGGGCGAGUUUCUUGGCUAUCCUCUGUUCGGAUCCUUGACCUUACUGCCUUACCUCGACCCUGCGGGAGUCGCACUGAAGAAUCUGAAGGGCAAUGGCCCGACGAUUUUGCAUUUUGUCUUCUCUGUGGUUUGGAUGGCAGUUAGUCUAGGUGUUCCUUGCAGGCAAUGCAGGGACACUGCAUUAAUGCAAAUCUUUGCUGAUGUCGCGAGCUGCAUUGGCAUGGCUGGUAUUACGGCCCUUGUCAUUUGGUAUAGCUGCCUGCUGAUAGCACCAGGCACAUCAAUCGUCUCAUACAUCAUUAUGGCCGUCGCUUACCUUCUACACUUUUUUGCCUGGGCCUGGGUUCGCAGAUGGAUCCGAUGGGGAGCGUAGUGUUGUAGCCUUGGUACAUGAUUAUUGAUUUGUUGUUCACUGUGGAAUAGGCAAUUAUGGCAGAUUACUGAACAUAUGACCAUAGUUAAAGCAAUGGAGUCUCACUGUACAGUGCAUGUAACAGUUUGUUCUACUUUUGAGAAAGUACA